AAGAUGACGAGGAAUAUUUAAAUAAACAGACGGUGGAUGAAGCGGGAAACAUAUUGAAAAAAGCAGUCCAACCAGGAGUUGAGGCUAAGAAUGUGGGAAAAAAAGGUAGAAGUAAAAAAGACAAAGAACCGAAUCCUAUUGACGCAAAAAUUGUUGAUCAGCAAUCAAUCUUUUGCACUGGCAACAAGGAUGAUUUGACUGAUGAUCAAUUAGGGCCAACACCGUUAACAACCCAAAAAGCAGUUCUUACUGAUGGUCAAUUACAGACUGUUGCUCAUGGAUCAAAACGACUAGAUCGUAAAGAUAAAAAUCAAUCCAAUGAACGUCUUUCUGAUGGUAGACCGACAGGUGAUAGAGAUAUACUCAAUAAAAUUAAAUCAAGCAGCAAGGCAGAAACACGUUCAACGAUGGAAUCAAUUCACAGUGAUAAUGAAGAACAGACUGGUUCUCAGGGAUCAAAACAUCACCAAGAUCAAGAGCAAAUUGAAGAUUAUUCUUCUGAUACUGAAUCGAGCGAAAAAAAAUGCAACAAACGAAAAGGAACUGGUGCUGAUAAAAAAGUAGAAUCUAGUCAACGAUCUCACAAACCCAAAAAAUUAAGAAGAGAAAAAUCCAGUUCAAGCGAUGAUUCAAGUGACACUAGCGGUAACUUAAGUGGUAAAAAACUUUUCGAAGAAUUUUUGAAAUGGCAUGAGAAAAAAAAGAGUAAGAGUAGGAGCAGGAGUGAAAGUAAAAGCAGGAGUAACAAACAUCGGAAGGACAAAAAGCCAAAAGCAAAGGAGGUAGAAUUAGUCGAAAAAUCUGGGAUAAUUGUAAAUCGAUUUAAAUUGGAUCUAAUUACGGAAAGUAAUACAAAAAAUCCAAGAGAAAUGACUCGUCAAUUAUUCAAAUUGAUUGUUGGUACGGAAGAGUUAGCCAAGAUGACGAUCGUUAAAACAAAAGGACGAGAACUAAUGCCUGAAAAAUAUCUUGAAGCUAUUUUCGAAUAUGUGACGAUCCAUACUGCAAAUGGCCGAGAGUUAAAUGCAGCAGAAUUUAAAAAGUGUGUCGGAAAGAUGCUUUCCACCAUUCGUGAGAGUUUAAAAAGCAACAACGAUAAUAAAAAUGAUGCUAAACACCAAAAUGAAGAUCAUGCUAAUAAGAAAAAUAAAAAUGAUGAUGGAAGCGACCCUGAAAAUGAUGUUUAAAAGCAAUAAUUUCUCACUUUUUUUUUUUGUUAUUUAAAAGUUCUACAUAUUGAUAUUUUUCAAUGUUAAUUUGGUUAAUGUUCUAAGCCCAAAAUGUUGAUGGUAUUUUAUUAUUC